CGCGGUGUCCCCCUCUGGCGGGUACACACAGCACACGCGUGACGUCACUAAUUGGUGUAUUACAAAGUGAACCGAUGUGCGAUUCAAACGUGUGUUUCGGACUCGUCUAAUUCAAAUUGAAUUUUAAAAUGGACAACGCCGGUGUACAGUUGGUCGGCGAUCCGUGCAAUCGACACGGGCCCUACACCUUCUACAAGGCGUUCCGAUAUGUGGACAAGUGCGGACAGACGAGGACAAUUUCAAUCAGUGAAUUUUUCUUUGUCAAAAUUUGGAAUGACUCGGACCUUGUGAGCAUCGGGGAGCUGCAAUUGUUGUGGCAAGACAAAAAUAGUGAUAACAUUCUCUCCAGUCUAAGGCUCUAUUUCCUGCCUGAGAACACCCCCGAGGGCAGAAACGAGGAGCAUGGAGAGGAUGAAGUGAUGGCAAUCACAGAAAAAGUGGUGCUCAAAGUGGACGACCUGAUCUCAUGGAUCAUUGCCGGCAGCGUGGAGUGGCGGUGGGGCCACAGACCUUCCGCCGCCCUCAAUCCUGUCAAAAAGGAAGAAAAAGAGGAGGACACGCCCAAACUAGAUAUUAAAAAAGACUCAAGUGAGCCGAGCACCGGCGAGUUCAAAACCAAAAACGUGAUGGUCAUGAGCUUUCCUCGGUACUGUCGGUACCGCAGCAUGUUCAAAAGGAUGGAGGGCGACCACAAGGCGUGGAAACACGCGGCCCUCAUAGCAGCCCUCGGGGGUCUGCCCGACUUUCAGACAGACACCACUGUCCUCUUCUGCAGGGACAACUUUGACUACCCUGAAUUAGAAACCCAUGAGCUGCUCUGCAACCACUUAGCACCAAAGUUUGCCGGGAGACCAAGAAAGAAGAAAAGACGCAAUGCGUCACCUGGCUCGGAAUCAAAUGAAAGUGAAGGAUCGUCAUACUCCGUAGAAUCGCUCGGAAAGGUUAAAAGGCUUGGCUUGAAGCAGCCACAAAACAACAGGCCAGGCGCAGGCAUCAUCAGAAAGAGGGGUGGACCGCGCAAACCACCGUCCAAACAAGAGGCGGAAUUCCUCCAGGGCCUAUAUGCACACAUGAUUAAAGUCAAGCAGCCUAUUGAUAAAGUUCCCAGCCUUGGAUUCAAGCAAUUGGAUUUGUAUGCAUUUUACAUGAAAGUGAGAGAACUUGGCGGGUACAAAAAUGUCACCACAAAACGGAUGUGGAAGAGGGUGUACGACGAGCUGGGUGGUAGUCAGACAAACACGAGUGCAGCCACCUGCACAAGGAAACACUACGAGAGACUGCUGCUUGUCUAUGAAAACAGACUCAUUGAAGAGAGCAUGACGCCCAAGAAGAGAGGAAGGAAACCAAAAGAUAUGACCCUGAUGAUGCAGCAGUUAGUCAGCCAAGCUUCUUACUCAGCAUCAAUGACCUCAACAACAUCAACCGGAUCCGUCAGUCCUGGAAGAAGAAAAUCUUCCACUUCGGACGACUCGCCUUCCAUGAAAAAGAGAAAGCUGGAAAUCUUGGCCAAAGGUGGUUUAGACAUCCGGCCUGUGGCCACAGGUCCUCCUCCCAUCAUGCCAGAGGCCGUGCUUUUGCAGCCGAGAACACAGAAACUGUCCAGCGAGGUGUCCAUCACGGUCACCCCAGACGUUUCUCACAUGAUCGACAGACCUUCCUCAGGGUCAGGACAAACCUUCAAACCUCCCCCUCAGCGAUCAGUUCCAAACAUCAGCAUGUUCUCUCGGACGGGCAGAGUGUACGGGAAUCCAAAGGUGUUUGACUUGACUGACGACAGGCCGGACGGAAGUGUCCUCGACCUCACCAUCAAACCUGUUCCCAAGCAGCUGUCCUCAGGUGCGCCAACGCCGAGGGGCCAGCAAUUUCCAGAUGUUUCUAUACUUCCUCAAAAUGGUCAUCACCUUCCAAAUAAGUCAAAGAAAGGUGAAAAGAGUGGCUCGAGUUUGGAAAUCACGUUGGUGCCCGCUGCGCCGAGUAAGGCGAACGGCAGCAGAGGAGGUCCAAAGCAGGGCAGCAAGGCGGAGGCAAGUGCAGCGGCGGCGGCCCUUUCCUCGCCCUACAACCAAAUGCUGCUGCACCCCGAAUCGGCCGCCAUUUACUACAACUACAAUGCAGCUCUCUCGCAAAUGCUCAGCCAGAGUGCCGGCAACUUCGGCAUGCCCGGCCAGUCUCUCUCCCCGCAGGAGUUCUACAAGAACCUGCUGUCAACGGCGCACCUGCCAGGCCUGCUGGCCUGCCUCAACCAAGCCAGCAGCUUCCCCGGCCUACCCAGGGACGGAUCCACCUCCAUCACCCCCCUUCCACGCUCAUCUUCCAAACAGGAUUAUUUUGCCGACGAGUCCUUGGAUUCGGAUUUUCCAACACAACGGACUUGAGUUUUCAUUCAUUUUUCAUUUGUAAGAGCUGUGCUGGAGAAAUCAAGCUCUUUCCCCACCACAGACUCAACUGUCAGAAAGGGUAUUUAAAAAAAAAAAACAGUACAAUCGUCAAUUCCAGUCCCUAUAUAAAUAUUUGUUUGACUUGCUAGAGUACCUGUAGCAAAUUUAAUAGAUUUGGUUCGAUAUCCGCCUACUUUCACAAACCGUAGCUAUGCGUAGCUAGUGGAAGAUGACUACUUUCUGUGAUACUAUGAUUUGACGGCCAAUAAUAAUUAACCUAGUUGUAUUGAUUGAGCGAUUAAUGUUAUAUACGGCCUUAAUGUGUAACAUGUUGAAUUGUUAGCAGCAAAUAGAAAUAGAUUUGUGAGUGUUUUCCAGACCCAUCUUGUAAAGGCAGUUUUGCCUCUUCCAAGCAAAAUCAAUUAACCUGAUUUCCGACAACGACCCAUUUAUUUUUGCUCGACGCUUUUAUGCGUUUUGAUUUUUUAUGUACAUAGACUGAAAUGCAUCGAUUUUUCUCUCCCGACGGAAGCACCACUCUGAACCGACUGUUGAAAUAAAUUGCUUUUUUGUGUUCAGCUAGUUUUAUAUAAUUUUGCAAGUACGUUUCAGGACUCUUGAAUGAUUUCUGUGCCAAAAUGCGUUGAGAGAGUGACACAUACACACACAAACAAACACAAUUGUUGCGUGCAAAAACCCUGAAGAUAGGACGUUUUUGCCCAUGACCGUACAUUCUAUUUCCAUUUUCAGUGUUCAAUGAUCUCUUUGUAAAAAUGAAUGUGAAUGAACAAGCACACAAUACUGCCAGAUAAAUAUAUAUAAAUAAUUAUUAACUAAUUGCAAAAUAUAUACGAGCGAAUUUGUAGCGAGAAAAAUGUUGAGGAGCACCUGGAGCUCCCGUAGAUACAUGAUAUUGUACAUACUGCAUAAAUCCUUGGCUAAAUUUAGGGUCAAUUUGCAAAGCUGCGACGUAUAGCAGUGGAAAAAUUGUUCUUUUGCACUAAUCUGGAUGUGUUGCAAAACUAAUUGAAAAAAUAAAUCAUUCUGCAUGUGUGUAGGAAAGGAAAAUUGCAAGUGGGAAAAAGCAAAAACAACUCAAUGACCUGUAAAAUAAAUUCUUAUACUUUUAUAAAGAAAUAAAAACCAAUAAAAUUGUCCAUUUGCAUUUGAA